GCAUUCAGUCGCCAAACGUAAGCAAUGGCGGGUCGUUCCUUUCUGUUUUUGCUGCGUAUUUUCCAAGCGAAAAGAUUUUCUGCAAAAUGAAAAUCAUGACAUUUCAUUAAAAGUUGGGACAGAAUUUUUUGGUUUUAGCUGAGUACCAACUAAAAUUUUAACUAUUCAAUGUGCAAAUAUACUAAGCGAUUCAAUUAGUGUGUGUGUGUGUGAUUAACGAAAAAACGAGAGAAAUAAUCGAAAUAAUUUUUCGUGGUAAUGAUAUUGAUUUUUUGUUAUCCGCAUGUUUUUCACAAGGAAAUUGUGCAAUUAGAUGAAGAAAAACAUACAUAAACAGCCCAAUAUUUUCUACAAAGUUUAGUGUAUGUGAUUUGUGCUUACCUUUCCAUACAGUUGUUGUGUUUUGGAUCCGUCAAAUAGAGAGAAAAUAAAAGUGAAAACUCUAUUUUUGGGGAAAAAAUAGAUACGAUACACGGUGGACAAAGUGUUUGAACAUGUUUCGUGUCACACGUCAAUAUUAUUGCGACCAAAGAAAUACGGUUAUGUAAGAGCGGCGCGCAAAGGCGGCUCCAGUUAAUCAAAACUAUUUGAAAUCAUGUUCACACAAGUGAAGUCGUCAUUGUCAUCGUCGUUGUAGGUCUUUUUGUGUGUUUGUUAUGUUUGUCGCUUGUCAGAACAAGCACCCAGUGAUAUGAGUUUAUUGUUCCAUUUCCACUCUUAAGGGGACGAAAGAAGAAAAAAAGACUUGAACAUUUUUUUUCGUCAUUCAAUUAGUGUAAAUGACACAUGAAAUGCGAUAAAUUUAAAUGAAUGUGAACAGCAAGUGAAGAGACUCAUCAUCCGUACGAAUUAUCAAAACGAAAGAAAAGAAAAUCGGUUGUUUCGUAUCUAAGUUAGACAUCAUCACGAAACUCUACUUUUCUGCAGUCAAUUUUGAACUGUAGCAGCAGCAGUAAUAGCGAAGACGAUCACACUAACACAUUUGGCAAACUUCAAGAUUCACAUAUAUCGCGGGCGCAUUGGAUACAUUCAAAAGUUGGUUGCAUCGAUGAAAACCACCACACUAUGUUUGCGACGUCAAAUAAAAUCGAUAGACACAGCAUAUGAAACAACAACUCCAAAUCAACACAUUAUUAUCUGUUAUGAAGGCAAGAUUAAUCGCCAUAGUAUCAACAUUACCAGCGGCGCUAGCAAUUCAGGGAUAAACAGAAAACUGACGUCAUUGAAUAAAAUACAAGUCAAAUUCAUUCGUGACCGACCGACCAACCGACCGGGCUAGAGAAAGAGAAUUCUAUUUAAACGAAACUGCCCCACGCAAGCGUCUUCAUUUUUUGCCCCGUUUCUUUCAUGAUUAUUUCUCUAUAAACAUAAAAAGAUGCCAUUAGAAUUGGCGCCGUUGAGCUGAAUCAAGUCUGGCCACAUGCAUAAAUCUCGUGUUACACUUGAAUUGUGAAAAAUUGUAGUGGCAGUUUGAGAAAGGAAAAACGAGAAAUUCUUUAUUAACACCGCAUUUAGUUUCAAUAGUGAAAAUUGCUGCAGAAUAUUGUGUCUUGUGCAUUUGUGUCGUGUACAUUGGAAAAAGAGUGGGAGAGAAAAAUAACAAACAAACAUAAAAAAAGUCAUAGAAAAUUCUAGUUACAAUUCCAUUUCGAUUUCAAUAUUGUGCAUUAGUUAUUUAUGUUUAAACAAUCAAAUUGUUGAUCCAAUUAAAUCGAUAAGGAGCAACAGUAGUCAAGUCAACACAGCAGACACAUUUCCAUCGAAGCAACAAAAAAAAAUGAUAAAAAGUUAGUAACAUUGACAUUUGAAUAGUGAUUACCGUUUGGCAAUUCAAAUUGAUUUACCGUAUUUGGUGCUGAGAUAUACUGAACAACAUUGCGAUCCUGAAUUGGUCGAUUUCGAGGUGGUCGAAACACGCGUUCGUCCGUUCGAUAUGCAUAUCGCAUGUAAACGAACUGUAUUUAAUAUUCAGUAAAUCGAUACCAAUUAUGUCAAAGUUAAAUAAUUUAAAUCGAGCAACAAGUGAACCGUUGUUUACAUUAUAGCCAACGCAGUGCUCCCGUGUUCUGUGGAGAGCAUUCAGUAAGCAUAUUAACCGCACGAUCAUUAUUUCGAACUAAUUAACACACAUGUGGCUCGAUCGGCGGAAUAAUCACACCGCCACCACUACCAAACAAAAUUGAAAGAAAAAAUGGUGCUGUUGCCAACCAAUUCACCGAAUGACGAUGAUGAUGAACAUGACAAUGAAACGCAGCAUCAGCUAAACUCGACAGCCAUCGAUUUGACGUAUUGCGAAACGACGACUACGACGUUAACAAUAAACAACACAGCAAACUGCCAGUCGGAUAACGAUGUGGAAACGUUCGGCCUUCUCCGAAAUUGCAAUGGACAAACGAUUUCAAUUAAUUCUAAACAAACGAAAAUGCAUCACAAUGCGACGACGAUCGCGACCCUCAAGCGACAACAAUGCCAUGACAGCGACCAUUUAGAAAAUUCCAAUCGCACGACACCAUCGGGAAAUCUACAACAAUUGUACACUGGGCGAUUCAUCAACAGCAGCAGCCGACAUUUGAAUAAAAUGCACCUAAUCGCAAUAAUAUUGUCGUAUUUGUUGGCGUUUAGCAUUCAAAGUAUCAGCGCAAGGCCAAAUGUCGACCGCAAUGACGACUCAACAUCUAAUUGGCAAAGUGUGGCUUUAACAUCGGAAAAUGAACUGAUGGAAUCAUCCAGAGCCGACGAGGCACCGAGCGGUUUUACCAAAGUGCAAAACGAACCGCUCGAUUCGGACUCAAUAAUCGAUCACAGAAGCUACCUGUAUCCAUCCAUAUCAAAUAAAAAUGAAUCCUCCGAAACAACCGUCGACGAUAAUGAUCACAGCAUCGGAACACCGUUCAUCAUAUCCGUUUGGAUUUUGUCUGCCAGCGUUGCAAAGAUUGGAUUCCAUAAAGCACCGCGACUCAAUCAAAUCUUCCCCGAAUCCUGUUUGCUCAUUGUGAUCGGUGUAUUUAUUGGCGUUCUACUACGGUAUGGUACCAGACUCUAUGUAUCUCCGUUGACGCCAAACACAUUCUUCUUGUACAUGCUGCCGCCAAUCAUUUUCGAUGCGGGCUAUUUCAUGCCCAAUCGACUAUUCUUCGAUCAUUUGGGUACAAUUCUACUAAUGGCUGUGGUUGGAACAAUAUUCAACAUAUUCACUAUUGGUUCUUCCUUGUACGCCUGCAAUUUAUUCAAUUUGUUUGGCAAACAAAUUCCCGUGCUCGAUAUCUUUCUAUUUUCAUCAUUGAUUGCUGCCGUUGAUCCGGUUGCUGUGCUGGCCGUUUUCGAGGAAAUUCACGUUAAUGAAAUUCUGUACAUUGUUGUUUUCGGCGAAUCAUUGUUAAAUGACGCUGUUACGGUUGUUCUGUAUCAUAUGUGUGAAACGUACAAUGAACGAGGCCUCGAAUUAAUUGGCGUCAUGGAUUUGGGCACGGGUGUCAUGAAUUUUCUACUGGUCGCCGUGGGUGGAACGGUAAUCGGUGUAAUAUGGGGUUUUAUGACGGGAUUGGUGACACGAUUCACCGAAAAUGUACGAGUGAUUGAACCCAUUUUCAUCUUUAUUAUGGCAUAUCUGGCCUAUUUGAAUGCCGAAAUGCUACACUUGAGUGGAAUAUUGUCCAUCACUUUUUGCGGCAUCACCAUGAAAAAUUAUGUGGAAUCGAAUAUUUCGCAAAAGUCACAUACAACCAUAAAAUACGCGUUGAAAAUGAUGUCAAGCUCGUCGGAAACCAUUAUUUUCAUGUUUUUGGGCGUAGCAACUGUAAAUAAUCGACACGAUUGGAAUACGGUGUUCAUUGUGCUAACGAUCAUUUUUUGUUCCGUUUAUCGUACGAUAGGAGUUAUAAUAUUAAGUGCAAUCGCAAAUAGGUUUAGAUUAAAUAAAUUGUCGAGAGUGGAUCAAUUUGUGAUGUCGUAUGGUGGCCUUCGCGGUGCAGUAGCAUUCGCACUAGCACUAUUAAUCAAACAGCAGCGAGUCGAAUCGCAACCGAUGUUUGUAACAACAACCAUUGCCGUUAUUUACUUUACCGUUUUUCUGCAAGGCAUCACCAUCAAACCGCUUGUGAAAAUUCUGAAUGUAAAGCGAGCGAAUAAAAAAAAACCAACGAUGAAUGAACGCAUUCACGAACGUUUGAUUGAUCAUUUGAUGGCUGGCAUGGAAGAUAUUGUGGGCAAAACUGGAAACUACCACGUGCGAGAUAAAUUCAAGAGAUUCGACAAUAAAUUCAUUCGUCCACUAAUAUUGAAACAUGUUCAGUCCGCUGAGCCGAAAAUCCUUGAAACUUACUCCAAACUAACCAUGAAAGAUGCAAUGGACUUUAUGCAACGGAACCCUUCAACAAUUGGUCAAAUGUCUGGCACCGAAUCAAUGAGCGCACUGUUUCGUAACUAUACGGCUGGCGGCGGAAGGUUGGCACCACCAUUUUUGAUGAACACAUGCCCGAGCUUUUCGAAUAUCGAAAAUUGCUCACGCAAUCUGGACAUGCAAGAGCUCGAUUAUAAUCCAUCAAAGAAGGAUUUGACUGACGCCAAAAUUCAUCAUCUUCUCGCCGAAGAGCUUAAACCAUACAAACGGGCUUCCUGUUCAUCUAAGACGCUGCAUCGACGUCUCAGCUACAGCCGGCAUGCUGUUGACGAUACAGAUUUAACUACACAGCAAGUCAAUUAUAAAAUGCACAUGAAUAUUCGACGAACGACCGACCGAAAGCAUCACAAGCGCAGCAAGCGAGGCAGCGCCAAGGAGGGUUCGAAACAAAAUCACGUGUCGUUCCCGGAAUUCAAGCAAAAUGGAUCAGCGAAACAACUAUCGCAUGGUAGGAAAUCGCCACACUUGUCAUAUCGAAAUAUAAUUCGAAAACAUUCUCACAGUCUUAACAAAUAUCGUAGAAUAGAUCUAGACUACAUUAACGAAGUGCUUAAUGAAACAGUUGACGAUGACGAAAAACAAAAUCUGCCCGAUGACUGGGAGGAAGGCCUAACAUUUACGGCCCGUUCAUCGCCUGAAGAGGAUGCAAAAAACAAUAGCUCAUUAUUGGCUCAUAUAGCUAAUUUGCCUGGAUUUGAUGCGUCAACAGCACGUUUUGCCACACAAUAUUCGACACGCAGUAGUCCCGAUAAAUCUGUCAUGGAAAUUGUACCGACGGCCGCCGAAUUAAUGUUACCGUGGCGACGCGAUCAAUCGUACCACAGUUUUGGUGAUGAUGAUGAUGGAGAUGACGUUGAAAAUGCAAACAAGCGGCUGUCCAAAGAAUCAGAAGGCGAAACACGUGUCACAACACCAACAGCAACUGAAACUCAGUUGCCUUGGAAACGUAACGAGGACAAUGUUGAAGGACUUCAGCAGAAUGAAUUUCCAGCGUGGGCAUCAAACAAAGAGUAUUUGGCGUAUAGUUCUCCAAGUGCAACGUUUUUAGGCGCACUAUCAAAACCAAAACAAAUAAAAUCUGUGAUAGGUUUGUUUCGACGUGAGAGUACGACAUCGGGAUCGGCGGCCGGUUCGGAUCCAUGUUUGGCAGCCGCGCUCACUGAGCUAGCGAUGACACCAUCAUCAACGAAUCAACCGAGCACAGUAGCUGGUGCCUACUACCGAGCGGCAAGCAUUAGUGGUGCAUCAUCUACUGAACACCAUGAGCGAAGUCUGGCAGCGGCGGCGGCUCGCGGUGAUCGUCGACGUUCGAUAUCCAUUUGUGCAGUUACACCAAUCGAUGAGUCCAGCGAAAUGAUGGGUGUCGAUCCGUUAGGUGCCUUAAUUGAUUUCAAAAAUAACGAUAGACACAAUAAAGUGGAGAACAUUUGUAAGAACAACCGACGCCGGUCACUCUUUGAAUUAACCGGGAGGUCAGCGUCAGAGGAGAAGUAUUCAAAAUCGCUACCCGAUCGAGAUAGUUUCGGAGGUGGCCGACCGCGACCGACACAGUUUUUAACGAAACUAACACCGAAACCACAUCUUCGGCAACUGCGAUCGCAAACAUCAUCGCUGUUAUCCUCAACAUCCAUCACCGACACAUCCGAUGAAGAUGACGACGAUGAAAGCGAAGAGAUUCACGCUUAUAACGAGCGAAGGCACAGACGUCAUCAAUGAUUUUAAAAUCGGAGGCGUUUUUGUUUCUAGAUUUUCCAUUAGACGUAUAAAUUUACAUUAAUUAGAAUCUAAUUUUCAUUCUAAAUUUCUUGUAACACACGGGAAAAAAUAGGUUUUGUUCGCUUCUUUGCGUAAGAAUUUAAAUUAUGCUAAUCAAAAAGAGAAAAAUAAAUCAACUACCAGUCUCGUUCCUUUCGCGUCAUAAAUAAUAAUCAACUUGUUUUACAGUCGUGAAGUGCAGUUUCUUUCUUUUUUUCUUCAUUUUUUUUUCGGUUUCAAAUUAAAAUUGACAAUAAAUUUGAAUAAUCUUUAAUCAACUAAAUAUCUACAUAAACAGAGCACGUUUUGUUAGAAUUACGUUUUAAGCGAAAUUGCACUGCGGAAUUUAAAAAUUCACAUAUAUGAAUGCCAACAUUAGUAGGACAAUUAAAUGGAAACAUGGGAGUAAUGUUAUGAAAUUUGAUUCUUUUGUCGCUCGCGAAUAGAAAAAUGAUUUUGAUUGGAAUCCGUUUGUGCCAUGCAUUACAAAAUCAGAAAAAAAGCGAGUGAAUUGUCGUAGCGUUUAGCGCACUUUCGUUGUCCAUACAUGUGCGGACAAUUUAGGACAAAUUGAACUAUCACUAUAUAACAAUUGUUUACGUUCUUCGCCUAGAAACAUUAACAAGAGUAAAUAAAGCUUUGAUAAAUCUGCACAGCAACACGGAAAGUGCACAAAAGAGAACAAAAACAGAGUUAAAUUCAUUUUAAUCCGAGUAAAAUCGGACGAUGAUAAGCAAAAUUGCAUUGCCAACUAGAAAUUACACAAACAACAACAAAAAUUCAGUAGGAAAAUGUUUACUCAUUAAGUGUAUAUAGCGUAAUACAAUUAUAGAUAAUAUUCUAUUAGUUCAAGCGAGCAGAUUUUUUGUUUCGGCUCCAGGGGUUGGCGAAACAGAUGUUAGGCUAGAUAGGAGGGGCGGUGAGUAUGAUGGAAAUGAUUUAGGUGGAAAUGAAAAUAAAAAGCGGGAAAAUGCAUAAAAUAUUAAGCAUAUUUUAAGUACAAAACUCAAUAGUGCUGAGAUGGGUGUUUGCUGAUGUGGCUAUGUUGGCAGUUUUUAACUUAAAACCGUGCUAUUCAUGCAUUCUCACCAAAAUCAUCAUUUAUUAGCGGAGAAAGAGAAAUUUAGUUGAAAUUGAGCAUAUUAAUAGGCAAACCACCUCCACAUAAUCAUUGAAAGUCCUCAGAAAUAAACAAGUGUAUAUUAUAUUGUACAGUAUGAAAACGAAACACACAUAGCGACGAAUAUGGAGUGCACGUAGGGUGGUCUAUUGUGAAGAGAAAAUAGAAUGAUAAAUAUGUAUGAAGAAAAAAACCGAAUGAUGAUGACAUUGAACCGCUCUACGGCAUCACAAACGUUCAAACAUAUCGAAAGACAAUUAGAUAUCAUACUCACACACACCGCAUUUAGUUUGCCACACGCCAAUGGCCAACAUUAGGCUGAAAUAUGGUACAUUUUCUACAAUGGACAAACACAUUUUUAAUCAUACAUCAAUUGCAUUCUCAAACUGUAGUAAAAUUGCUAAACUGUACAUCAAUCAAUGCAGAGAAGAAAUUCAGUGUGCAUUUCUUCUUCCUUCAAACAACGAUUCAAAUUGGUAGCACAUUAAAUAGGACACAUUACACAAUUUUCAUGGCAGGUGGUAUAUCCAAGUUGUACUUGAUUCAAUACAAACACUUGCAAUCCGUUAGACUGGCUGUACCUUGAACCGUGUUUUAAAUUAGACAAGAUUGGUUUUUUAAAUAGAAAAUACGAGAACAAAAAAAAGUAUAUCGACGAAUAAGAAAUUAUCCGAAAUGUUGAUUAUGCUUUUUCUUGUUGUGAAAAUAAAACGGGUCUUUUAUCUGAAUGGAUAGCUUGGCUACAUAUUAUUGUGGACUGGUUGAACCACUUUAUAGAUAUAAAAAAUUACAGGUGAAGGAUUUUCUUUAGAAGAACAUUUUUUGUUUGGAGAAUUUCCAUUCUGGGACUGCUUACUCUAUUUUUGUAGAGGAAUGAGGAAUGAUCACUAAUUUUGCUUUUUAAAAAGUGUGGUAUUGACCUCGAGCUCUCAACUUAUCACUUUUUGAAAGUAAAGAGAGUAUAGAGUAGAGUGACAAUAAAUGGUAUCUUUUUACGAUUUCUAGUCGAUAAACUGUCUUGAUUGUCAAAAAAAAAAAAAAUUAUAGAUGACCCACUGAAGGUCAACUUUCAAAUUUCGGAUGAGCAAAAACUCAGCACUUAGAGUAUCGAUCUCCCCUUUAUAAAACUAAAGUGAGUAAUCCAGAAAAGUCCCUUAAAGAAAACAUCCAAAACAAAGAGCAAUGUUCCGAUGAACCAACAAUCGCACACUAGUCGUAUUUCAUAUCUACUAAACCGUUCAAUCAGCUCAUCCUAAAACACACCGCUUGUAUCGAUUUUCCUCGUCCGCCCCCAGCAGGAAAAAUGAGCACAUUUAACCGAUGCUAAUACACAAAAUUGCGCUGAAAACAAGUACUAAACUAGAAAAAAAUAAAUAAAACUGUUCAAUCGUUCAAAUGAGAUAAAAAAAAUUGUAAUUUGAUUGCUGUUGAAUUUCAAUUAAUCGCAACUAAUUAAAAAAUUAAUUGUAUUAAAGGCUUAUUUGUAAUGACAUAUUUAGAUUUAGUGAUUAUUAUAUUUAUGAAGAAAAAAAAACCUCUAAAUGAAGAAAAUUAUUUUUAAGAAAUGAACGAUACAUCUGAAAUGACCAGGAGGUCACUGGAACAACACUCACACACUAUGUGCGCGACUCACUUUUAAAACUAACAUAAUUUUUUUCUCUUUCAAGAUUAAUUCUGACGGCAUAACUUACGCCUUACAAGGCGACUACAAGACUACACACUCGAAUCAAUUUUACUGCCCACUUCUUUCUCUCUCUACAGAGCGUUUAUUGUUUCUGUGAAAGUUGCAAGCAUACCUAAGAAUGGUUUUAUCAUACAAAUAUUCUGGAUCAAUGCAAACACUACAUAAAUGAAUAGAAAAUAAAAUGAGCUCACAUUGUGAGUGACAAAUUACAAAUUACAAAUAGAUAAAUACAAACAAAAAACAAAGGGUCUAAUGAAAACAUGGAACUUAGUUGAAAAACAUCGGCUGUAUAUUCUACGAGAUUUGUAAUGAAACAAACUAAAAAGAAAUUAAAUGGUAUUUUGUA